UGUUGUGUGCCGUGACGUGACGCUUCCCAGUGGACCCCUUUUCCGCGUCGCCGGGUUCCGCCUCUCGCUGCCAUGUCACGUGUCCGGAUACGAGGGCCCGCGGACCCAAGAGUUCGAGUGGUUCCUGUACAGGGACGGUGCCGGCGGAAGGCAGAUGGGCGUGGUGUCCACCCGGGACAAAGGUUUCCCGUACGCCCCGUUCCAGGCCAGAGUGAGGAACGGGGAGGUGAGGGUGGAGAGGGAUUCGGGGGAUAGGGUCCGACUGGUGAUCCAGAGGCUCCGGGCCGAAGACCAGGGGAAAUACGAGUGUUACACACCCAGCACGGACAGCACCUACCAGGGAAAUUACAGCGGGUCAGCUGUUGUCAAAGUAAUUCCAGACUCACUCCAAAUCAGCUACAUUCGCUCCCUCACCAGCCAGCCUGUCCCUGAGGGAGCUGAAUUAACUCUGACUUGCUCAUCCAGCAUCCAGUCGGAGCAGCUCACCCAUCUGUCCGUCAUGUUCGGAAAGCGGGGCGGAGGAGAGCGCUUGGACGGCGGAGCCGACGCCGAGGUCAGCACCAUCAGGGAGAUCAUCUCCAUCGACAAGCUCCUGGGGGUUGUUCCGGGACGGUUCUACAAGAAGCGCUACGAGGACGGAGAGAUCACGCUGGAGAAGAGGAACGGAGAGGGCGGGCAGGGGUUCUACGUGAUGAAGAUGAAGGCGGUGCAGCCCGAUGACGCGGGGUUGUACUUCUGCGAGGCCUCGCAGUGGAUUCGGGACCCCGAUCGAACGUGGCAGAGGAUUGCUCAGAGGACGCUUGAUAUCGGCAACUUAACCGUGCAGCAACUAGCGGAGUCUCUGGGUGUAGCAUCCUCGCCCAAGGGGGAGGUAACCCUUCAGGUUGGAUCCCCUCUCAUACUCACCUGUGAGGUGUUGGGGCUGGCAUCUGAAGUGAACUCAGGUCUGCUGGUGCAGUGGAUGAAAAGGGGAUCUGUCGGCAGAGAUGAAGUUGGAACCGGAGGAGUAGAGGUUGAAGUGGCUCGAAUGAGCCCGGAUGGUAUUGUAAGCUGGGGAGAUGACCUCAGCAGAGCCAGUGGUGGCUCAAUGGAGAAAGUAUCUGAGGGAAAGUACUCGUUAAAGCUCUUCUCGGCCCGACCUGCCGACUCAGGGGUGUAUCGAUGUGUGGUGAGUGUCUAUGCUGGCAGGAAAAACCCCAGCCCUUCAACGCCUGCAACGCUCACCCAGAGAUCAGAGGGAGUCGUUGUUAACUUGAAGACCAAAGAUGUUUUGGUUUCAGCUGUGGCUCGGCUCCCCCGUGGCCCCCUGCUGAAACGAGGCAACACCGUCACCCUGAUCUGCAACGCCACUGUGACAACAACAGGUCCAGUGCAGGUUCAGGUGCAAUGGCUGCGUUGGCUGAUUCCUGAACCAGACAUCACAAGGAACACGGGUGGCGUUCCGUUGGACUUUGGCGCUAUAACAGAACCCGGGCUCGUUGCCACUCUGAUGUACAACGGCAUAGUGAAAAUCCACGCCAACAAGAGUGAGGUCAGCGUCGACCGGCUGUCUGCCGACAGCUACAGACUGAGGAUCCACACGGCAACAGUGGAGGACCAGGGCAUGUAUCGGUGUCAUGCAGAAGUGUGGGGGCAGGACCAGCAUGGAGGCUGGUACAACACCGGGGCCAAAGCAGAGUCAAAUUUAGUGACUGUUUACCUGUAUGCCAGAGCUGCCGACCUCCUCCUCAUCCCUCUGGUGGUCGGAGUCUCAUCGGCCUUGUUUGUCGGCAUCGUCAUCAUCGCGACGGUAACCUGCUGCUUCAUGAACCGGCUGGCAAGACAGAGGCCUCACAAGUAGUCGUCCAUGCUGCCGCCAGCUUGUUGGCCACUGCUUUUUAUUUACUGUAAGAGGUACUGCAGAGAUUACAGUGGCAGAUGAAAGUCCACUCCAAAAUGACUUGAAGUGAAGUUGAAGACUUCGGCAUCUUUCGUCUUGGAUUUUCUGUAUUUGGACGUCUGUGUUUCACUAUUGAUGCCAAACUUUUUUCUUUUUUUUUAAUCCUCUUAUUGUUUAGUAAUACGUCAUGCACCAAUAGCAGGUUAGACCCAUUGUUGAUAGCUGUUUUCAUGUUAUCCUAAAGCACAUUUAUUUCUAGUAAUAUUGUUCUUUUAAGUUGUAAAAUUCAUGUGGGUCUCUAUAGAUUAUUGAACAAGCCUGAAAUCCAAGCAGGUUUAUAAGUGACUGUCUGUCUGUAAAGGACUGGCGAGUGUUACAGAGCCAUGCUACUCAACUCAUCAGAUUAUUUUUAUAUGAUGCUGAAUAUCUAGUAAAUGUAAGAUAUGUUCUGUUGGUGCAGAAUUCCUGUGGACAAAGACCCGUUAUGUUCUCCUGUUGCUCCUCUACCCAAAAACUGCAUGUUUUUUUUUUUUUUUUUUUGAAUACAAAACCCCACGAUGUGUAAAUGUAUGCUCAUGGCUUGAGGCUGACAGUCACAGGAAUGCUGAUGGGAGCCGUUUAGCCUCCGGUUUCUUAAUAUGAGCAGCGACGGUCCGGCCGUCUGAAGCCCAGAGCAGCUCUGCAAGUAAACAAAGCAUCUGUCUGUGAGUUAAACGCGAAGGCCGACGGACGGGGACGUUCUCACGGAAAACAAUCGAGGACCAUUUGUUGCUUAAUUCUGUUGCGCAUUUUGACAACAGACUCAUACGUUUUAUAAGUUUGACUAACGUAUCACUUUCUGUUUAAACUUGGCUUGGAGUUUGCCUGUGGAAUUUGCUCCGUGUAAGACUGUGCUGCAGCAGGACCAUAUUUCUAUGUAAAGUCCGUUUGAUUAGCAUGCUGCAGCAGUCUGCUCCUGUUGAAGGACUUGGACAAAAACGAGCCUGGGACCAAAGCCCUUUGGUAUCGUUUACUCUGUAAUCGUCCAGCCAAAAGGCCGUUUAUUUCCUUGUUUCGCUCGUUUCUGGGGUUAAUGCCUCCGUAAAGUAACUUGUUACAGAUACUGCAGUCUUCCCGAGGCGUCAGGCCAUACGAUCUGAUAGUUUGGUUAAGUAUCUCCAUCAUCCUCGCCCGUAUGUGGUCCAGGCCUCUUCACAAGGCGUUUUAUGACUACGGCUCCCACUGCUAGCCCACAAAAAUGCGUUGGAGAGGCUCUGUGUUUUUGUGCAUUUAAUCCAUCUUCCUGUUGAAAGUUCCUCCUGAAAAAAUGUGUGGUCGUGUAAGAUUAUAUGCAUGAACUUUCAGUCUCUUUCUCUCUGCAGGAGGCUGUCUGAAUCUCAAUGCCUUCCUUUGCUAGUGUUUCCCGAGGCCCCGAUUUUAUAAAUGUUUAAAGACAGUUUGGAGUAAAAGCACAGCUCUGCUCAUUUCCUGAGCCGCUUUGUUCCAGAGUCAACGCUGAUGUAUUCCCCACGCCGCUGUCGCGCACCGACGCGGACACACGUGGACGCCGCAGCAGAGGCAGGGCAGUGUCUGGCUGUACUUUCAGAUGGCAGUAAGCGAGUAUCUGCGUGUUCAUCUCUAAUCCCCGUUUAUGGCUGCAGCGAAUCUCGCCACCCUUCCCCCCACGCUGCCAGUGGCUCACAUUCGAUUUUGUUUUCAAUCUGUGUUCUCUGUGAAUUACUCCCCUCUGUGAAGAGUUUUUUGCACGGAGUGUUAAAAUAUAUAUAUAUAAAAAAAAAAAACUGCUGUGUAAAAUGUGCUUAUGUGUGAACAUUUUUUUUUAAAGAAUUUUUGUUUGAAUCGUUUACUGACGCUAAGCCCCACUGUUGCUGAAUGCAUCCUACUGCCGUAGAAAUAUAUAGAGAUGAAAGCAGGUUAUUUUUCACCUUUUGUUUCUUAUGGUGCUUUGGCAAACCUGCCAGCUGAUUUAAAAAAAACAACAACAAUAAAACAAUCUGGAUUUUCAAUGCCAA